UUACGCAUGCGCACUUUAUUACCGUAUUCACAAACAUUUUUCUUAUUGUGCGCGAGCAUUCUCCGAGCUGCUGCUGGAAGAAAUGGCGACCUACGCGACCCCGGGAGAGCGUCCCCCGGUUGGUCUCCCUCCCUCGAGGGAAGCCAUCAUCGACCAGUAUGGGGACGAGAUGGACGAGGCUCUAGUCGGGCCGGUGUACCUUCGGCUGGACGACCCGGCCUUCCGCUCCUACGUCCAGUACGCCAACCAAACGUAUGAGGAAGAAGAGGCCGGGGACGAAGAGCUUGGCCUCGACCUCUCCGCUCCACCGCCAGAGUCGUGGUUUCAUGGUCGCAUUAGUCGGCAGACGGCAUCCUCUAGACUCCAUGACCUGCAGGGGGAGCAGGGGGAGCAGGGGGUGUACCUGGUGAGAGAGAGUGAGACUCAGCCGGGGGACUACGCCAUCACGUACCUCAGCCGUACCGGCUACGUCCACCACUUCAAGAUCAACUCCAACUGUGGCGACUACUUCAUUCAUCGGAGGUCGGCAGUUCAUGUCUCUCUCGGAGCUCAUUGGGUUCUAUUCCAACUGCUCCUGCAUCUUGGAGAAUGAGAGUCUGGAGUUACCUGUUGUUCCUCCCAAGCCAGUUCCUCUGUACAUUAUGUUGAGGGCCACAGCUCCACACGUUAAGAACCCCAGCACUGAUGAACUCACUAUUGAUAUGUGGGAGGUGUUUGUCCUGCUGAGUCGGCUGAAUGAUGACUGGGGCUGGGGUCACUCCCAGCGGUCGGGGGAGAGCGGACUCAUUCCUCUCAUGAUCAUGGAGGAUGUGGUGAGAUGGGGAGUGUGUGUACAGGUGUGGACUGUGACUUAGUUUGAGGUGGGAUGUGGUAUUGUGAAAGAGAAAGCGGUUAGUGUACAUAUUGUACAUGUAGUUGCAUGUGAGGAGGGGGAUGUAAGAAUUGCAGGAAAAUAAACAAGGAAAAUGAUAUGGUUUUUGAGGAGAUGUAUGUAUGUAUGUAUGUAUACAUAUUUGUUGGAUAUCCCUAAGCAACCGACAUGUAUGAAGCUACGUACUGGGGAGUUUUAUGAGCAUAUACUAUCCUGCAAGUGCUCGAUCGCCAAUAAUGCAUAGUUUUUGGUUCUAGUUAUAGCGAGUCUACUUCUCUAACAACUUUCUCUACGUGGAAUUGUGUCCUUUGAAGUCUGCCCUCCUCUUGUUUUUGUUGCAUAAUGUCAAUGUUUGUACACCUCCUGUGUUUUAAUAGUCAAUUCCUUUAAACCAGUGUAAAUGUUUCAUUGUCCUUUGUCGGAACCUGUGUGUGUGGUGUGUGGGUAUGGUUGUGAAUGGAGAUGACUAUCAUGUCAUGUGUUUCACUCUAUGUCACACCAGAGGGCCAGUAGGCAGUUUUCUGGUGAGACUGUCCAGUGUGGAGAAAUCAGAGAGACACUACUCCCUCUCUGUCAAAACUCGAGAUAAGGUGCAGAGAUUCCGCAUCACCAGGUACGACACAGGAUACUACAUAUUUGGAGGGAGACCAUUUAGUAGUAUGGAUGAUGUCGUUGACAGAUACAGGAGUGAGGUCAUCAUUGAUGGAAUCACACUAGGAGCACCAAUCAUCCAGACUGUGAGGCCAGUGGGUCGGCAGGCAAUGACAGUCACCUCUCCACGAGACAGGACCAACAGUAUCAUCCUGACACAGGCACACAGACAGGGAGAAAAGACCGGACUACUCCUCCUCAGGAAAGGGAAGAAGAGUCCAGUCUAUGGCAAAUGGAAAGAGUUUUAUUUCGUCAUAAAAUACGGAGAACAGAAACUGCUCUACUACGAGCGAGAGGACAGUCAUAAAGCCAAGGGACUUUUGGAUUUGAGACAGUGUCGAGCCUUUGCCGUGGAUCCCACCCUCUAUGGCAGGAAUGGUGUAUUUAUGGUGAUGUUGAAAUAUCUCAAUGAGCUGUCGUUCUACUACUUUGCUGCUCAGACUGAGGAACUAGCACAGGAGUGGCUACGUGUUAUGAAGAGACACACUCUCAAGACCCCAGACACGGCCAAGACAGAGGUGCAGCAGAUCCGCUCUCUGUCUCUGUCCAUUCGAGACAGCAAGCUGGCCAAGUCCAGUGGCCACUCCAGUGUCUACUGCCUGGUGUUCCUGGACGGAGCCGCCCUCGCCAAGACCAUCCUCAUGCAAGUCCCCUGCAUCUUUGACGAGAGCUACCUCUUCCAGGAUCUCCCCCUCUCCACCACCUCCUUCGCAGUGGAAUUACUGAGUGCCUCAAAGAGAGCAUACAUCAAAGACUCCAGCAUUGGUCGUGUGACAAUUCAACUGUCGGACAUGCCCAAUGGGCAGGAUGACGACAAGUGGCACCAUCUCAUGACAAAGGGCUCAAGAACUGCGCAAGGCUCCCUCAGACUGGUGGCCAACUUCAAGCAUGAGAUGAUCUUCCCCAUUGAGGAGUACACUAGUCUCAAGGAGCUGUUACUGUCAGACAAUCUGACAGUCAUAGAAGCACUGGCCACUGUGUGCAAAGAUCAUCAUGCUGAGCUGGCGUGUGCUCUCAUACAAAUCUUCUGCCACUAUAAAACGCUUGUCUAGCAAAUCCCAUUAAAAAAGAAGAGAUCGCUCCAGUGGAUUCAUUCACCUGAGAAUAGUCUACGAGAGGAGUGGCUACGUGUUGGGCCAGUUCAGCAGCCACUUUCAGACUGUGCCCGAGUGCAUCUUCUUCUACACUCAGCAGAGGCUCAACAUUAGGGGAACUGACCACAAAAAACUGCGAUACCCAGUGCCCAGGGAUCACUAUAAACCGUGACAUGCGGUGGCUCCUGGAGCUACACAACGUCAUAGUGUGCAUUAUUUGAGAAUUGUUCUGUACCUUAUCUACUACAGUAUAUACUGUACAUGAAUCACCCUCCGUGUAUUGCAAAUGAUGUGUGUGUGUGUGUCUGUCUGUGUGUGUAGGUAUGGUACAUGGAGUACAUAGCCUUGAUACUGUGUACUAUGUAUGUGUACAUCUCACCUGUAUGUAUGUCUAGAACAUUGUGUGUGAAACCAAUAUUGUCUACCACCCUCAAUUAUGCAG